AUGAAGCCUCAAAGAUGCGGGGAGAAUGAAGUUUUCAAGACUUGUGGAUCCGCUUGUGAGCCAAAUUGCAAUGAUCGACGCCCGGUUUGUCAAACUUCUGAUGUGAAAGUUGAAAAAAAGGUUUCAGAGAGCAUGCCCCGCUGUUUGCGUUAACAACGUGUGUCAAUGUGAGGAAGGAUUCGUCCGCGAUUCGGACAACAAAACUUGCGUCCGUCGUUCAGAAUGUCGUCGAGUUCAGCUUCCAGAAACAGGAAACACCUCGGAGUCUCCUAUUGUGCCCGACAUUGGUAAGUUGAAACGUUCCUCGAUUUCUGAAUUCCUCCAAUUUGUUUCAGUCCGUGGACGCCGCCAAGCCCCCGCCUGCGGUCCUAACGAAGAAUUCAAGACCUGUGGUUCGACCUGCGAGCCUCGUUGCGGCCUUCCUCUCGUCGGAGUAAGACCUGAAGCUUCAGAAUCCUUGAUAAUUGAUGUUGAUAGCAAAUCUGCACGUACCAGUGCAACCUGAACAAAUGCAUGUGCAUGGCCGGAUUCCAGAGGAACUCCGAAAAUCAAUGUGUCCCGGCCGGCCAGUGUUCUGGUUAGUUUAAAAUAAUUCAAGGAGGAUCUGGUUGAAUUUUUGAAUGGAAAAAGUACUCCAGCCUAAAUAGUUCAACCGGUUGAUAAGAAAAGCUUCCUAGAAACAAAAAGACGACCUUCCAGGUCGCAAGAAGCGCGCCAUCAUUGACGACGGUUCUGUCUUCUGCAAUGGCCAAAAGUGUCCCCGUGGCUGGACGUGUCGAUCCCCUCUCCAAUGUAUCCGUCCUCCCUGCCCUGGCAGUGAGCCUCGCUGCACACCUACUUCCCACAUCAGCCCGACUCUCCGACCUCAGCCAGUCCCCUUGUAA